AUGAAUAAUGGCAUUUAUAGUCUGGCAUACUUUGAUUUAAAUGGUUGGAAAGACCGUGAAAAGGAUCGCGACAAGGAAAUUCCCAAAGAAUCUGACCAGCAGCAACAAACGAGAGAUCUUAGGGAUCAGAGAGACAGAGACAGAGAACGAGAACGAGAACGAGAACGAGAACGAGAGCGAGAGCGAGAUCGCGAAAGAGAACGAGAAAGAGAAAGAGAACGGGAGCAACAGCAAACUGUUCCGCAAGUAACCAAUAAUAGUGAUAGUACGGAAGCCGUGGACAUGACUGAAUGUCCGGCGUCUCCGGUCAGAGCGAGCAGCCCUUGUCCGGGUCCUCUGGCGCUGGACCGACCGCGAAGGGACUCGGAAGACGCUGGCAGCUUAGAAGAAACAAGAGGGUCUCUAAGUCCUAUUUCCGUGCACAGCGGCCCCAGCGAUAUGAGUAUAAGUAAUAACAAUAAUACUGGCACGCCCGGUGGUUUGCCACUAAAUCUACCGCAGAGUCGGCUUCCGUCCCCGCACAGUACAGAACCUCUCGCAGGACCCUCUGGAUUGCCUCCGGUUCAACAAGUACCACUUUCCUUGAAAAAAGAAGUAGACUGGGAAAGGUCGACUGAGGAGCGUUGUGCAAGCAGCGAAAUGUCUGCAGAUUAUAGACUCCCACCAGAUCCGGUGAGUCUUUAUUCGGAGUUGAUGGGUGUGGAUGAGCGGGUGUUUGCGUGCAUGUACUGCGGUGCCUCCUUCCUCCACCAGAGCAAGCUGACACGGCACAUCCUAUCGCACAGCCUUGAGUCGCUCAAGUACCGCGAGCAGGCACACCUGCAGCUGCAGGCUCAGCUGGGCCUCGAACCGGGGAUCCACCUGCCUCCAGAGGCUCACUUUCCCUCUGGUGGUCCGGUGGAACCGAUGGACCUAGAGCUCGCCGCCCAUUCGGAUCCAACGUCGGGCGUCGUGCUGUGCAAGUUCUGCGGCAAGUCCUUCCCCGACGUUGGCUCGCUGAUAGCCCACCUACCGGCGCACACGGGCGAUCGACCCUUCAAGUGCGAGUUCUGCGGUAAGGCCUUCAAGCUCAGGCAUCACAUGAAGGACCACUGUCGAGUCCACACCGGGGAACGCCCGUUCAGGUGCACGCUCUGCGGAAAAACAUUCUCCAGGUCGACGAUACUGAAAGCCCACGAGAAGACCCACUAUCCGAAGUACGUCCGUAAGUUCCUGUCACCGAGUCCCGUUGACCCUACGGAAGAGGAGGCACCUCAGCCCCCGCCGCCGCCACAUCACUGA